CUUCAAUUUAUCCAUCUCUGCAGUCUGGCAGCAUCGCAAGCACACGCCUGGUUGCCCCAGAUAGAACUCACUUGCCCUAUAAAAGGACAUAUCAGCAUACUACUGUUCGAUUGAUCCCUCAGCAUCUGAGGAACCCCAAUAAGCAUGGCCGACUACUCUUUCGGCGGCACCGAGGAGGAGAAUGCGGAGCUGAGAAAACUCGAAGUUGAGCUAGCUGAAGAUCCCGAUAAUUUCGAGACAUGGGAGAAGCUAGUUCGUGGCUCUGAAGCUCUGGAGGGCGGAAUCAAUCGCAACUCGAAUCCCCAGGCAAUCACAACAGUGCGACAUGCCUAUGACCGAUUUCUCGCCAAGUUUCCUUUGCUAUUUGGAUACUGGAAGAAAUAUGCCGAUCUUGAGUUCUCUAUCGCUGGAACCGAGGCUGCAGAAAUGGUCUACGAACGAGGCGUCGCUAGCAUACCCACCUCUGUCGACUUGUGGACUAACUACUGCGGCUUCAAAGUCGAAACCAACCAUGACUCGGAUGUCAUCAGAGAGCUUUUUGAGCGAGGCGCGAAUUGCGUGGGAUUAGAUUUUCUCGCUCACCCGUUCUGGGACAAGUAUAUCGAAUUUGAAGAGCGUCUCGAGGCUUUUGAUAAGAUUUUUAGCAUACUUGCUCGAGUGAUCCACAUUCCUAUGCACCAAUAUGCUCGCUAUUUUGAAAGAUACCGUCAACUCGCCCAAAACCGGCCGGUAAACGAGUUGGCUCCGCUUGAGACUUUGUCCCAAUUCAGAUCCGAAAUUGAGUCUGCGUCCGCCGAGCUUCCUCCGGGUGCUAAAUCUGAGGCAGAGAUCGAAAGGGAUCUCCGGUUACGCUUAGAUACAUACCAUCUAGAGGUUUUCUCUAAGACCCAGACUGAGACAACCAAACGCUGGACUUAUGAGUCUGAGAUCAAACGUCCCUAUUUCCACGUAACUGAGCUAGACGAAAGCCAGCUUGCCAACUGGAGACGCUAUCUCGAUUUUGAAGAAUCAGAAGGCUCCUAUGCCCGAACCUCUUUUCUAUAUGAGCGAUGCCUUGUCACAUGCGCCCAUUAUGACGAAUUCUGGCUACGUUAUGCUCGAUGGAUGUCCGCACAGCCUGAAAAGGAGGAAGAGGUUCGGAAUAUUUACCAACGAGCAAGCACUAUAUACGUACCAAUCGCACACCCUACUGUGCGUUUGCACUAUGCCUAUUUUGAAGAGAUGUCGGACCGGGUUGAUAUCGCCAAAGACAUCCACGACGCCAUUCUCGUCACUCUGCCCAAUCAUGUGGAUACUAUCGUUUCUUUGGCCAAUAUCACCCGUCGUCAUGGGACACUUGAAGACGCUAUUCAAGUUUAUAAGAGCCAUAUCGAGUCGUCAGAAACUGAUGUGGCUACGAAAGCCGCUCUCGUUGCUGAAUGGGCUACCCUAAUCUGGAAGGUCCAAGGAUCACCAGAAGAUGCGAGGUCUGUUUUCGAAAGCAACCAUCAACAAUACCUGGAUAGUCGUGCAUUUUGGACACGGUAUCUGCUCUUCGAGCUAGAGCAACCCUCGAGCACUUCCACGGAAUCUGUCCAAUAUGAGCGAAUCAAAAAGGUGGUCGAUGACAUUCGAACCAAGAGCGCUCUAUCUGCGGAGGCGAUCAAGGAACUUGUUCAGAGCUAUAUGAUCUAUCUACUUGAGAGAGGGACCAAAACAGCUGCUAAGGAGUACAUUACCCUGGACCGUGAAGUUCAUGGCCCACCCUCUGUAUCCCCAACAAACAAGAAAGAGUCAGGUAAAGCCGUUCAGAGUAUUCCUCCAGCUGCACCAGUCCCAGACCCAGCUGCGGCCGCCUACGCUUACUAUCAACAGCAGCAGCAAGCAGUUGCGAAUGGAGCGGUCCAACCGGCUCAAUAUUGAUAACACCCCAUACCUUUCUGUCAGUGAUUCUAACUAAUGUCUACCGGCUGCUACUUCUUUUCGAACAUAGAACAUUUCAGUAGGGAACUGGAUGGUUUGUAUUGCUUUUAAAUUCAAGGCUUGUCCUUUUCAAGCGGCGCAUUGACGGUACCUGUGUGGGCAUGAUUGAUUUGAUUUCCAUGGAGUAGAUUGCGCAGCUUAGCUGCAUAAACCAGACUGGUAGUUCGUAUCGCUAUUAGUUACCCAUUCUCGAAUCAAUAUUUGGAUUAAAUAUACACAAA